ACAGUGAUGAAAUACACGAAGAUGAUCUUGUUGAGGCCAAAGUCCUCCCUCUAGUGGCAGUAUUUCCAUGGUCUAUCUUUCCACCAGCUUUUAUAGCCCGAGAGCCCCUACCUACCCCCUCGAGGCCGCUUAGGUUUCCUGCCGGUCUGACACAAUCCGAUUGUCCUCGCAUAGUUUUUAUCUUGUGAGGGAAAAAGCUCAACAAUGGGAACGCGCGAUGAUGAAUACGAUUACUUAUUCAAAGUGGUGCUGAUUGGGGACUCUGGUGUUGGAAAGAGUAACCUGCUGUCUCGCUUCACUCGGAAUGAGUUCAACCUGGAGAGCAAAAGCACCAUCGGAGUGGAGUUUGCCACACGCAGCAUUCAGGUGGACAGUAAGACAAUAAAGGCUCAGAUCUGGGACACAGCUGGACAGGAGCGCUACAGGGCCAUCACGUCAGCGUAUUAUCGGGGUGCAGUUGGCGCUCUGCUGGUGUAUGACAUCGCCAAGCACCUGACCUAUGAGAAUGUGGAGCGCUGGCUGAAGGAGCUGAGGGACCAUGCCGACAACAACAUCGUCAUCAUGCUGGUGGGCAACAAGAGUGACCUGCGCCAUCUGAGGGCCGUGCCCACUGACGAGGCCCGGGCCUUUGCAGAGAAAAACACCCUGUCUUUCAUUGAAACAUCAGCCCUAGACUCAACAAACGUGGAGGAGGCUUUCAAGAACAUCCUAACAGAAAUCUACCGGAUUGUGUCACAGAAGCAGAUUGCGGAUCGAUCUGCACAUGAUGAAUCUCCAGGCAACAACGUAGUUGACAUCAGUGUGCCCCCCACCACUGACGGGCAGAAAGGAAAUAAACUACAGUGCUGUCAGAACCUGUGACACCCCCCCCCCCCUCCACACACUCACAUACAGACACACAUACGCUCACACUCACGCACACACGCUGUUGUGCACACACACAACAGGCAUACAAACGGCCUUCACCUUUCACCUCUUCCUACACGCGUCAUCUCCGCUUUGCCCCUGUGUAUUUUGUUGCUGCUGUCUCUCUUUUGACCUCCUUGUCAUUUCCACGGAAUUCUAGAAUGUCGCAGAUGAGUAUCAAUUUCUAGAUAACAUUCCUUCUCUCUCUCUCUCACUCUCUCUUUCUUUCUUUCUUUCUCUCGUCCUUGUAUUUUUUUUCCUGUCUUUUCUCUGCUAUGCUAGCUUCAGAGCCUUGUCUUUAGCAGUUAGCAGUUGGUUUAUGGCCGCUGAUCAUGUGACCCGCUCCUGCUGAUGGAAUGGUGAGAGAUCAGACUGACCAGAGCUUUCAGCCCCUCUGGGUGUUUCCUUGGAAUCCCUGUACAAAUGUGUGGUGUACAAUAAGCAAAUGUCUUUGUAAUUCAAGUCAUUUUGACUGACAAGUGGUUCCAUGGAAAUGCUGGUGAACGAAUUUGUAAGGCCUAGAUUGUAGAGAAACCAAAGGAGGGCUGCAGUCAUUUGUUUGUUUUUGUUUGUUUGUUUGUUUGUUUGUUUGUUUUGGUAUCAUUUCUCUCCUUGGAAAGGCAACAUUUCAAAACGGCACAUGUGUUUUUGUGUCAGAGACUUUGUGUUAGUACUGGGAGUAUUGGGUGGGGUUACUGUUGGUUUCCUGUGUCAAGUCCUUGGUUAUUGAUUGCAAUUGCAAGUCCAUGGUCAUUGAUUGGGAAGCCAGCAUGUAAAGAACUCCACUGUCAAUCAUCAGAAAUAUUGAAAACAUCAUCAGUCAACCUACUAAUUGUAAUUUACAGAAAGAAAGAACUCUAACCAGUACGUGGCAAUACAAAUGGUAGUGUUGAUAAACCUGUUUACGAUGUUGUACAUCCUCGUUGGCCACAAAUGAAUCUUUAACUUAAGAAGAAAUUUUGCAUUGAUGGUUGGUUUGAAAAUGCCUUAUGUUUCCCCAUACUGUCAUGAACAUGCCUUCUUAAAGUUUGGGUAUAUGUAACUCUUUUGCAUCAUUAUACAUCACUCAAUUCUGUUCAUUUGCCUUUUAUCAAGUAAUGUUGAAAUAAAAAUAAACCAAAUCUGUGUCAAA